GAUAAAUAGACAACGACGGGAGGCACAAACCCUGAGCGAACCCUAGAUGGACGAAAGCAAGCCUUUUCCGCAGUCUUUCAACAUGGUUGUGGACGAAGGCACAUCCGAUCCGCGAUAUACCGAAAUGAUUUCUAAUCCGCAGUUUACCUGCAAACCCGUGCCUACGCCGGUAGUAAUAUUCGAAAACGCUAAGACAUCUGUCUUUUGGGACAUUGCUGAUUACCCUAUUCCUAUUGGUGCCGAUCCUGUAUUGUUUUGUAACCGUAUGAAAGACGCUCUUGUCAACAAGGGUUAUAAAGGGGAGUUGUCAAUCUAUGUUUACGUUGAUACUGGUGAAUUGCUACCUAAAUGUCUGGAGACCUUUGUCGAAUUCGAUUUCUUGCCCAAAGGUGAUGACUAUGCCAGAAUUUCUUCGAUGUUAGUGGACAUUUCUUUUUGGGCACUGUCAUAUCCUUACUCAAAUAUUAUUGUCCUCUCCAAAAAAAUCGUAAGAGACACGAUUUUGUCUUUCGAAAGCUUGUAUAAUACACAUGGUCUUCUCUUAUCCAAAACUGAACCGCAUUGGCUGGUUCCUAGUGAAAGUUCAGCCUUGUUUCUGGCAAGCCUUUUUAAAGACCAACCGGAGGCCAGCUGACAAGCUCUCAAACGUGUUCUGCCAAUUAGUUGAAGCCGAGGCCAGGUGCUCCUCUUUGACCUGGAACCCGUGUAUAGAAUUCCCAAAACUGCUUUGUCUUGUUUUGUUAAACUGCUUUGUUAAACUGCUUUGUCUUGCUUUGUUGAACUGCUUCCCGUUUCUUUAAUAUGCUUCCGCUUUCGUUAAAUUGCAAAUGACAAAUUACAAUGGUUAAAAGCUAUUGGAACAUUCUAGUCGCCA